AUGCCGGGCGAGGAGGGUCAAAUUCCCUCGAAAAGCAACAUCAUGUCGCCACCCACUGCUACUGACAACGUCCCGGCUUCGGAGCCUGCCGCCAAGGAAGUUCAGAAGGGUGCUCCCAAGUUCAAGUUUCCCAAGCCCAUCACCUAUGAUACGCUCGAAGAGGAACGACAAGGUCGCAAGGAGAGGCUCGCGCAGGCGUUCCGUGUCUUUGGCAUGCUCGGCUUCGAAGAGGGUGUCGCUGGCCACUUGACCUUCCGUGAUCCCAUCAAGAAGGACCACUUUUGGGUCAACCCCUUCGGCGUUCCCUUCCGGUUCAUGACUGUCUCAGACUUGUUGCUGAUCGGACCCGAUGGCAGCAUCGUCGACGGCGGUCGUCCUGAAAGGAUGAUCUACAACCAGGCUGCCUUCGCCAUCCAUCAUGCAAUUCACACCGCUCGCCCGGAUCUCGACGCUGCGUGCCACUCUCACUCGAUGUAUGGCAAAGCUUUCUCGACACUCGGCAGAAACAUCGAAAUCACGACGCAGGACAGCUGCGCUUUCUACAAUCAGUGCGCCCUCUACGAAAACUUUGGCGGUGUCGUGCUUGCAGACGAGGAAGGCGACAACAUCGCCAACGCGCUCGGUGACAAGAACCGCGCGCUCGUCCUGCAGAAUCACGGCAUUCUGUCCGCCGGCACCUCGAUCGAGGCUGCCGUGGGCUACUUCAUCUUGCUCGAGAAACACUGCCAAGUGAUGCUGCUCUCCGAGCCUGCUGCGGCCGCACGAGGCACAAAACCCAUCGUCAUCGGUCACGAAGAGGCCGAGUUCACGCGAAGGCAGGUGGGCAGCGAUGCUGCGCUCUCCUUCCAGGCCUCGGUUUACUUUGACACCAUCGCCCGCCUCGACAAGGGUGCUUGGAAGGAGUAA